GAAAAAAAGGAAAAAAGAAAGAAAAAGAAGCACACACAAAAAAAGUGGAAACUUUCCCCCUUGUCCACUUCAUCAAGUUUUGGAAAAUCAAAAUGGAUUUAGAGAAAAAUUACCCGACUCCUCGGACUGGCAGAACAGGACAUGGAGGCGUAAAUCAGCUUGGGGGGGUUUUUGUGAAUGGACGGCCACUCCCGGACGUCGUCCGCCAAAGGAUAGUGGAACUUGCUCAUCAAGGUGUCAGGCCCUGUGACAUCUCAAGGCAGCUUCGAGUCAGCCAUGGUUGUGUCAGCAAAAUUCUUGGCAGGUAUUAUGAGACGGGGAGCAUCAAGCCUGGUGUAAUUGGAGGAUCCAAACCAAAGGUCGCCACGCCCAAAGUGGUGGAAAAAAUUGCCGAGUAUAAACGCCAAAAUCCCACCAUGUUUGCCUGGGAGAUCAGGGACCGGCUGCUGGCAGAACGGGUGUGUGACAAUGACACGGUGCCCAGUGUCAGUUCCAUCAACAGGAUCAUCCGGACAAAAGUACAGCAACCACCGAACCAGCCGGUCCCAGCUUCCAGUCACAGCAUAGUGUCCACGGGCUCCGUGACGCAGGUGUCGUCGGUGAGCACGGACUCGGCCGGCUCCUCGUACUCCAUCAGCGGUAUCCUGGGCAUCACGUCUCCCAGCGCAGACACCAACAAGCGCAAAAGAGAUGAAGGUAUUCAGGAGUCUCCGGUGCCGAACGGCCACUCACUGCCGGGCAGAGACUUCCUCCGGAAGCAAAUGCGGGGAGAACUGUUCACACAGCAGCAGCUGGAGGUGCUGGACCGUGUGUUCGAGAGGCAGCACUACUCGGACAUCUUCACCACCACAGAGCCCAUCAAGCCUGAGCAGACCACGGAGUAUUCAGCUAUGGCCUCGCUGGCUGGAGGGCUGGAUGACAUGAAGGCCAACCUGACCAGCCCCACCCCCACUGACAUUGGGAGCAGCGUGCCUGGGCCACAGUCCUACCCCAUUGUGACAGGCCGUGACUUGGCGAGCACGACCCUCCCCGGGUACCCUCCGCACGUUCCCCCCGCCGGACAGGGCAGCUACUCUGCACCGACGCUGACAGGGAUGGUGCCUGGGAGCGAGUUUUCCGGGAGCCCCUACAGCCACCCUCAGUAUCCCUCGUACAACGACUCCUGGAGGUUCCCCAACCCGGGGCUGCUCGGCUCCCCAUACUAUUACAGCGCUGCUGCCCGAGGGGCUGCCCCGCCUGCGGCUGCCACUGCCUAUGACCGUCACUGACCCUCGGAGCCAGGCAGGCGCCAAGCACUUAUAACACAUAUCACUGAGGGCGAUAGCCUCUCAGCCCCUCUGAAGACGGCCAGAGGGGCCCAACGAGACCAUCCCCCAGCAACCCCCACUCACCUGAAACUCCCUCCCAACCUUUUCCUGCCAGGGACUCUGGGGUUCGAUGGUAAGGCUGUUGGACUUGUAGACAUAUGUCCGUUUCUAAGAGUCAAUCAGUGAGCUUCUCCCAACGGCAACUGGGUCUCUGCAAACCAACGGACUAGUCUUCAGACAACUGUAGCCUCAACCUAGCCUGCCAGUCCCCAGCUGUCUGACCAUCCACCUGUCUUCCUGCCCCAGGCCUGGGAAGGAGAGCUUGCUUUUGUUGCUUCCACAGCACCCAUGUAAAUACCUUCUUGCUUUUUUGUGGGCCUGAGGGUCCAGCUGAGUGGACAGCCCACCCAUUACGCAUCCAGUACUCCCGAUGUGUCACAGGAAAUCUCAGACCUGUGUGCCGAGCAUCCCAUCUGUCCUGGCUGCACCCCACAGGUGGGCUUGGAGUUGCCCUUGAGACUAAGGAUGUCCACCUCAGGGCCCAGCCUCCUGCUCAUUGCUACUUCUUUAAUGUCUGGACUAGGAGUCUCAUUGGGCUAGUUACGCUUCAAGCUUCCCCCCUGAGAUCCCUCCUCAGGAGAAACACACUCUGGAGAGAUGCCCUGGUUUCCUGACUCCAUUUCCUUGGGCCCAAUGCAGAGUGAGCAGCUCUUUUCCAUAUCAAAGGACUCAAAGAGAACUGUGUGGGAGAGUCUUCAGCUACUACGCUAAAGUAAGAUGCUAUCCAAGGUGCUGACUGCAUUGUGGACUUCGAAUGCUAGGGCUGGACAGGACCCAGGAGGCCAUAGUCCAAGGCGGGAACCCCAAGCCCCUGGAACCACUGAACUGCACUGGGUUGUGUUUUCUGAAGAAUGCCCAGGCGCAUAUCACACUGGACACGCACCGUGGACAUUUCUCCCACCCUGCAGGAUGCCAGAGAGUGGAUUCUGGGCAAGCCUGUCCCUGCCAUGUAGACAAUGAUGAACAAAAAGGAUUUUCCUGCACUGAGGGCCACAAACACCUACAGCAGUCAGCCAGAAUUUCCUGAUCAGCCCCUCCCCAUCCUCGUGGAGCCUAGUACGCAGCUGGGAAUAGAGGUUGUGGGGUGGGAGCAGAUGCCUAACCUUGCACAGUGGGUAUGUACCUGUUGAUGCAAGGGGUUGUGAUGGUCAGAGCCAUGGCCAAUGGCCCCAGGGGCCUGGGGGUGGGGAGGCUUGGAGAACUCACCAUAGGCUGGUGAGAUCAGAAAAACUCACCUGGGAGGAUGCAAGAGACAGAGGAAGGCCUUCUGGGAAGAUAAGGACAGGCUGUGAGGAACUGGUGUGUGAACUGGGAGUGUUUUUGAAAUAGGGAUACCAGGGGCCACCAUCUCUUUGCCCAGGGCUUCAAUUCCUUGAAUAGUCUCUUUUGCCAACUCAGGACAGCAAGAUGGAGGCACUAUCCAAAUCUGGGCUGAAUUACAAUGAGAACAAUGGAUGUUGCCAUCUCAUGUGACAGUGUCCCCAGUGCUUGCAUGUCACCAAGCUGGCAAAGAGCUGGGGCAGAGAGAGCCUGCACUUGACAUUAUUGGGCCUGAGAGGUCUUGUCCUGGUCAAACCUCUUCCUUGCUAUGGGAUUUCAGACAAUAUGUUCACCUCUCUGAGCCUCAGCUGCCUUGGUAAGCAGGGUCACCUGCAGGGUCAUCCUACAGCUCUCCCUGCCUUCCUCUUUCCCAGGAUGCUGGGGCUGUAACAGUCAUCCGGGGCAGGUAUUCUACUUCUGAGCAAGCAUUUGGGGUGGGCACCUGAGUCCUGCUAAUGUUUGGACCAAAUGGGAAACGGGAACACCCAGAGGCGUGGGAGUCAGCCUUGGAGAAGACCUAGUCCAGCUCCCCGCAGGGGAAACUGAGGCCCAGUUUGGGGAAGCCCAGGGCCAUGCAGAAAGAUAGAACAGACCUCCUCUGGCCACCACCAAGUGCUUUUCCCCCAACAUCCUACAAGGUGGUAGCACAGAAGAGGAAACUGAGGCUCAACAAGGUGGAGUCCCCAAGCAGUGACUGGCAGAUGUGAAGCUGGCAUUCAGCCCCCUGACCCCUGGAACAAGGCGACCCUCCCAUCCCUGGGGAGGGCAGUUGAGUAAGGGCAGUGGGAGGUUGUUCUGGGUCCACUGCCACAGAUGGAGGGUCCUGGAGUGCUCGCACUGCUGAGGGAGCCCAGUCACCCAGGGAAGAAGUGAGGACAGUGAGCUCACUGCAGGCACACCCACCACUUUGCAACCUGCUGGGCAAAGACGGGAGGCAGCUGGGGGCAGAGCCCACCUCUGAAAACAAGAUAAACCGGCUCCAGCCUCCACCUGCCAAGCAAGGUAGGAGAAGGUAUGUUAGCUGGCCUCUCCUUUCCUCCUUCCCUCCCUCCCUCCCUUCUGCAGGAAGUGAUGGGGUCAGGCCUUUUGAUCCUCAUCCCUCCUUGUGCUCUCAGGCUGUUGGGAGGUCAGUCUUCCCUGAACCAACUGCCUGAAGUGCACACUGUCCUUCCUCAGCAAAGCCCGCCUGGCCCCAUCCUGUUCCUUCUCCCUGCCCUGUGAUGAACUCCCUCCAUGCCUUUCCUCUCUGAGGCUCUGCUGGUCUUCGGAUCGCAUUUGUAUUUAUUAGACAAGCACUUGAUUCCUGGAGCUACCAGGCAGAAGCACAAGAGCAUAUGGAUGCACAUGCGUGUUCUCACACACGUACCUGCUCUCUCCGGCUCGGGGUUCCCAUGCUGGCUGAGCUGCCUGGAGCUUGGAGAGAAAGGUUCCAAAGGACACAAGCCGUUGAGUAAAUGCCAGAGAAUUCUGAGUGGAAAACACAAGGCCAGGGCUUUCACCAGCAUUAUGGCUGGAGGCCUAGGGACAUUCAGCCCCAUGUUCCAGCUCUGACUUUUGGAAAAGGACCUUGUGAAUUUUAGGGAAAAGUUUCAUACCAUUAGUCUAGCUCCAGCCUUGAAAACUUUGAUGACCUAUCAAAUCCAACAUCCCUUUCCCAAGGCGCCUUAGUUAGGGUUAGCCCUUUCGUAACUGACAUUGAAUGGUGCUUUGCAAUCCUUGACCGUUCUCUGGGGUAAAGAUCACAAUGCCCAUUUUACAAAUGGGAAAACAGAUUUGGGGCUCGCGUGGCAAGACAGAGGUGAAGUGAAUUCUCAGAGCUCCGGGCCCCACUUGGCCUCCACAGAAUUGUGCUCCUGUCAUGGGAGCCUAUGGCUUAGACACACCCUUCAAUCCCUUAGAACCCCCUAGACCCACAAUGAGGAAAGAAAGAGCAGGGACCCAGAGGCUGGCCUGACCGAAGGGCCUGCAGGUCAGUAGCUUGGCUGGUCUAACUUAGUUCCCAUUAACACCAAGACCUGCAAAGUCUGCCCAGAUUCAUUCACAUCAUUGCUUCUGAGGUUUCAUCCAGACUUCUUCCCUGCUGUGUCCCAAGACUCCGAGGGGAUCAGAUCUUGUCCAAGACUGUACCAUCAGCUGUGGCAGGGCCUGGACGUGAGCCCAGAUCUGACCCCCAGGGUCUAAGUUUCCAGUGCCAUGAGAUGUCUGUCAUGAGAUGUCCCUCACUCUUUUCUUUAUCCUUCCCACUGUGCUUCAGACUGUGGCCCUGGCUGUGACAGUAUGCAGGAGUCCCCAUUAGGGUACUCACAGGCCUGGGAAACACAGACCACAAUCUCAUGGGCCCCAAGCUGCUACUUUCCGGGUCCGGCAGGUGGAGUAAUCUUGCCCCUCAGGCAGGCACGAGGCAGCAUGGGUGCUGGACUUGAGACAGCCAGGUUGCUUGCCCCAUCCAAUGGCAUUUAAAUGUGGAAGCCUUUACAAUGCUCUUCCGGCCAAAAAAAUAUGGGUCAAAUUUGACCCACUGGCAACUAGAUUUGACCCCCCAUCUUUUAAAUGUUUCUUUAUUAGAGAGA